AUGAAAAAACAAAAUUCAGUUGGUGGAGGUAUUCUUGGAAAUUCGAGCAACAGUGCCUCAUCGUCCAUUGAUGUACUGAUGUUGGGUUUACAAGGGAGCGGAAAGAGUUUCCUUAUUAAACAAAUGAAAAAUUAUUUGCAAAAUAAUGAUUAUUUAACUUUUUAUGAUGGGUUACCAACAAACGGAGUCAAUUUAGAUGAACUAAUAAUUGGAGGAAAGAAAAAAUCAAAAAAGAUUAAAUUACGAGAAGUUGGUGGAGGCAUUAUUCUCACCUGGCAUAGAUAUUUAGACGAGUGUAAAGUUAUUGUGUUUGUGAUCGAUAGCUCCUGCACCAUGCAGCUCUCUUCCUCGUGCAUUGAACUUUUAAACCUGUUGGCAAAUCAUGGAGAACAGAAGCCAUUUAUCGUUGUGUUAAACAAGAGAGAUGCACCAAGCGUGUUCAGUUCAGAAAUUUUCCAGCACUUCAUUAAAUGGAAUAAUGUUAAGGAACAUUGUAAACAUGUUGAACUUCUGGAAGUGAGCGCCCUCACAGGACAAAAUAUUCAUAGUCUCAUCGAGGCCAUGGACAGUUUAAUUUAA